GAGAGAAGGGACUGUGAGAACAGCCUGGCUGAGCGGAGGACAGUUUCAGCACAGUCAGGUUUGUGUGUGUAGAACUGUAGCAGGCAGAGGAAGGCGUGACCUGCAUGGAGAAUGCCAGACAACUCCAGUCACACAUACACACACACACACACAAAUCUGGGUUGAACAAAGAUAAGGCAGACAGCGGAGCGUUUGGGACAAGACAGCCUAUACCAAAAACACCCUCAUUCCAAGCAGUUCAGAAAACACCAACAGCAGCAAAAUGAAGUACCUUCUGACCUGGUUCCUUUGUGCCUUCCUAUUUGGUAGUGCAGCUGCCAUUGAGUUGACGGACAUGUUUGGGGAGAUCCAGUCCCCUAACUUCCCAGAUUCCUACCCCAGUGACUCGGAAGUGACUUGGAAUAUUUCUGUGCCGGAUGGAUUUAGAAUCAAACUCUACUUCAUGCAUUUUGACCUGGAAUCGUCCUACCUCUGUGAAUAUGACUACGUGAAGGUUGAUGCUGAAGACCAAGUCUUGGCAACUUUCUGUGGCAGGGAGACUACAGACACGGAGCAGGCCCCUGGGCAACAGGUGGUCUUGUCUCCGGGUCCUUACAUGGGCCUCACGUUCAGAUCUGACUUCUCCAAUGAGGAGCGCUUCACUGGCUUUGAUGCCCAUUACACAGCAGUGGAUGUGGACGAGUGCCUGGAAAAGAGCGACGAGGAGCUGGCCUGCGACCACAACUGCCACAAUUACAUCGGGGGGUACUACUGCUCCUGCCGAUUUGGCUACAUCCUGCACUCCGACAACAGGACCUGCAAAGUGGAGUGCAGCAGCAACCUCUUCACCCAGAGGAGCGGGGUGAUCACCAGCGCUGACUUCCCCAGCCCCUAUCCCAAGAGCUCCGACUGCCUGUACCGCAUCGAGCUGGAGGAAGGUUUCCUCAUCAGCCUGCAGUUCGAAGACAGCUUCGACAUCGAGGACCACCCGGAGGUGUCCUGCCCCUACGAUUACAUCAAGAUUAAAGCCGGUCGGAAGGAGUUCGGCCCUUUCUGUGGGGAAAAAUCCCCAGGACGUCUAGAAACCCAAAGCAACAGCGUUCAGAUCCUGUUCCACAGCGACAGCUCAGGAGAGAACCGAGGGUGGAAGUUAUCCUACACGGCAAUCGGGAACCCGUGCCCACUGGUGCAGCCGCCAAUCAACGGGAAAAUCGAGCCCUCGCAGGCCAAGUACACUUUUAAGGACCAGGUGGUCGUCAGCUGCAACACCGGCUACAACGUGCUAAAGGAUAACAUGGAGAGCGACUCCUUCCAGAUCGAGUGUCUGAAGGAUGGAACAUGGAGCAACAAGAUCCCCAUCUGCAAAAUUGCUGACUGCAAAGCACCAGUGGAGCUGGAACAUGGGUCCGUCACCUUCGCCACGAGGAACAAUCUCACCACGUACCGCUCAGGGAUCCGGUACUCCUGCCAGCGACCCUACUAUCAGAUAGCCCCAAAUAUCACUGGCACGUACACCUGUGAUGCUAAGGGGGUGUGGAAGAGCGAGGAGUUGGGGACCAAGCUGCCGUCUUGUCGACCAGUGUGUGGCCAGCCAGUUCGCCCUCUGCCCGGGAUAAUCAAGCGCAUCAUUGGAGGGCGGAACGCGGAGCCCGGCUUCUUCCCUUGGCAGGCCCUGAUCGUGGUGGAGGACACGUCCAGGGUCCCCAACGACAAGUGGUUCGGCAGCGGGGCCCUCCUCUCUGACUCCUGGGUGCUGACGGCGGCUCACGUCCUCCGCUCCCAGCGCCGGGACAACACCAUCAUCCCAGUGUCCAAGGAGCACGUCACCGUCUACCUGGGCCUACAUGACGUGAGGAACAAGAAGGAUGCCGUCAACCGGACAGUGGAGGAGAUCAUCCUGCAUGGGGGAUUCGACAUCCAGAACUACAACCACGACAUCGCCCUGGUCAAGCUGAAGGAGAAGGUGACCAUGGAUGCCUACGUAAUGCCUAUCUGCCUGCCCCAGUUUGAGCACGAGCUGGAAGGGCCUCACCCCAACACCUUGGGCCUGGUGGCCGGCUGGGGCAUCUCCAACCCCAACAUCACCGUGGACGAGAUCAUCAGCUCAGGGAUGAGGACGCUGUCCGACAUCCUGCAGUACGUCAAGCUGCCGGUGGUGCUGCAUGCCGAAUGCAAGACCAGCUACGAGUCCCGCUCAGGCAACUACAGCGUGACCGAGAACAUGUUCUGUGCCGGCUAUUACGAAGGGGGGAAGGACACCUGCCUGGGAGACAGCGGAGGAGCCUUCGUCAUUCAGGACCCCGGGACCCAGAGGUGGGUGGCCCAAGGCCUGGUCUCAUGGGGUGGGCCAGAAGAGUGUGGAAGCAAGCAAGUGUAUGGGGUGUACACCAAAGUGUCUAACUACGUGGACUGGGUAGAGGAGAAGAUGGGAUCCUCACACAGGUGGACAUUCCUGGAUCCUGAACUGAAGAGAUGAGCUCGCCCCAGCCAGCAGGCACGACUCUGGUCUUCUGCAACCGGCAGCAGCAACUCUCAGUCCCCUCCAGCCUUAUUUCACGGGGUUUGCUUGGCAUCACGUUCCUUCAUGUGCUGUCGUAGGAAACGUCCGCUCGGCCGCUCAUGGGAAAUGAGCUGAUGGGCCUCGGCCAGGUUCCUUAGCGGGACAGGCAUCCACCUCACCCAGAAGAUACCACCACAACUACCUGGCCCCUGUGCCGGCGUCUCCGCAGAGGGGCCAAAGAAUGGGUGGGGCUGUGGAGACUGACCUGCACCCUCACGCUUGCUGGGGGAUGGUUCCUUCAGGUCAGGGUUGACGUACCCUCACGGGGGAAGCCGUGCCUGCCACUGCCUGACCCGCAUCUCGCGCUGUGCAGAGAGGCCAUCACACCCAGGGCUGUCAAGCCAGCACAUUCCACCAGCUCUACACCCACUUCUGAAAUUCCUCCGGGGCGGGGAGAGGCAGGAAAACCGACACAGGGCCCACAAAGCCCUUCACCCUGACUCUAGAGAAAGAGCUCACCUCCUUGGUAGCAAUAACAGGGGAGGGGAGGGGGUUCUUGCUGAUCAAUUUAUCCUGCUUUAUCUUCAAACCAAACUCCUGCUGGGAGCUCCCUUCAGCACCAGGCAGUCGGCGGUGUCCUAACAUCAGCCCGGAAUAAAGGCCAUGGUUCCACCAGGGCUUCUGGCUCGAACUGGCUGGGUCAAGGCACCAGAAUCUGGAAUCAGGCCCUUAACUGACAAGCAUUUGGGGGUAGGGGGGUCACUGGCCCGAAUUCAGAGUGAAACAAGAUAUCCCAGCUCUGUCCUCUGAGGCCAGGUCCUGAUAUCGUUUACACUGGUGUAGAUCCAGAGUCACUCCACUGACUUCAACAACCCACUGGUUAGCAAGAAAGCCCCGGUGCACGCUUUCCCGGCUGUUCCCGCCUCUGUCUUCUCAGCUGGCUUUUCAGUGUGGACACACAGGAGCAAAGGGUGUGAAAUCCAUCCCGCUCCCUUCCAUUGGUGCCCUAGGCUGGAGUCUGGGAGGAGGUUUCCUUGCUCCCUUUCCUAGUAUAGCAUCAGUAGUUCAGUGAUGAUAAGGAUACACCCGUUCCACCUGUGCCAUGAGACGCCUAUAAGCACAGUACACGGAGGUGCAGCCAUUGAGAGGCCUCUGUACUGUACUACGCCCAGGCUUUUCCGUCUUCCCCCUACAAAACGCAGACUGCCAAGCAACGGCCUGAGCUUAUCCCAGAUGGGGAGAGUCUGGGUGCAUUUCAUGGCACUUACUAUGCAUGACCCUUCCCCUGCUCUAGAGUUAAAUGGGCCACAUUGUCCCCGCUGAGCACGUCAUGCUGGGACUUGCAGCACGUGCGAUGGAGCUUAACACCAUCAAUGCCUGGUGAGAGGACGAACCCCUCUUGCUAGCAAACCCAGCUUGUUCCGAGAGCGAGAUGGGCAGAGGAUAAAGCAGAAUAAAGCCAGGCAAAGGAGUGGGGCUUGCAUCCACGCUACACACACACACACACACACACACAAACACACACACACACACACACUGUGCGGCUUGGCAGGCGUUUGCAAUCCUUUCCUUGCACUUCAUUUCCAGUGGGGUAUGCCCCAUGUGAGUUCUGCUUUGCGUUGGAGGGUUCCCAAAGCCAAAUUGAGUCAAACCUCCCGUGGUUGCACAUUGAAGCCACAUAAAACUCCUGAGUUUGGAUGGCUUCAGCACGACUCCAUAAACUGACCCAGAUUUGGGCAGAAGUCAGCCCCAGGCUCACUGGAGACUCAUUUCUGGGUGUGGUGCAUGUCACAGCUACCGGGCAAACGGCACUGCUGACCCCUCCUGGUCUCUCUGAGCGCCUCCCCCAUCCUGAACCUCAGGCCUCGAGUCGUCAGCCGGCAUAGGGUGGAAUCACACAAUUCUCCCUCUCUCAGACCGGGUCUGGGCUACACUCCCAUUACGUUCAGCUCCUGCAAUGGGCCGGGACGGUGGUACCCAGUGACCGGAUGCCUCCUUAAAGCAAAGAAUUGUUUAUUUACCAUUUCAGCGAAAGCGGCUUUUACAGACCAAAACAACACACUCCGUGCAUGUCUAGCUCGCCAUGCGGGUCGGUCUCCUCUGUGUGCUUGUGAACCCCCACGUACACUCCCAUCGCGAUGCCGGUUAGUAAAACGCGGAAAGGUAGCUGCUCUCCGAUGGAUACGUGCAUGUCGCUUCUGCUGGGCCAAAACUUACCUAUUCUGGCUUGUUUUUACUCAGACCCGGGGAGCUUUGCCUGGGUACGGGGUGAGCAAACACCGAGCUAGACCCUCAGGCUUUGACCCACAAACAUUUAAGCAGUCGUAUAGCAGCAAGAGGAGCAAGAUCCUCCAGAGACCAAAGGAACGUGUCUAUUGUACACACAUGCUAUGGCCUGUACUCCCGACUAUGCCGCGUAGCUAGAAGAUAUUAUAUUUUUUGUACUCUAUUCUGUCAGCUGUCGAACGCUGUGUAUGGACAGUCUGUAUCAUUCUGACCGGGAAGGAAAUAAAGCCCUGGUAUGUACAAAGCAUGUGUGCUGGCAAUCCACUGUUCUAACCGGGAGACUGCAGCCUGAGUGAAGUUCAUGGGACUGCCCCCUGCAUUCACCCUGCUGUGCUGUGCUGCUCCCCUUCCACAACCUCGGGGCUUCUUCUUUCUGUGCAUCCCCUCCCAAUGCCCUGGCACCACUAGCGUUAUCCUCUUCUUAAUCCAAUCACAAAAAUAAUGCAUCAAAGCACGGGGAAUAAUGGGACGGGUGAGGCUCACCAACGCCCAACCCCUGCAGCCACGGGGAACUCGCCAUAUGUGGAUACACCUAUUUGAUUCCAGCAGACAAUCCCUGCUCCCAAAAGGAAGUGAAACAUCCCUCCAGGGUCCUGCCCGUGUGCCCUUGGGUUGGGAUUUCCUUCCUGACCCACGAUCAGUUUAGCCCUGUGUGCAUCAGUGGGAUUCAACCUACUAAUGACCAAGUGUCCUCUCCUUGCUGAAGACUGCAAAUCGGGGAACGCGCUCCUCUGCAUCGAGACCAUCUGUGAUGUGUCUUCGGGCAGAGAGGAAGGAGCAGAGGAACUCAUAUGAAACAAGCAAAUACCUCCAUAAAAACAUCCUUCUAAUAAAGGAGAGAGAGGGACUGUACAGUACACCUCUACCCCAAUAUAACGCGAACCAAUAUAACACGAAUUCGGAUAUAACGCGGUAAAGCAGCG